GGCCACGCCUCUGUACGCGAGGAGGCAGGCAGCAACGUGAGCGUCGGGUGGUGGAGUCUGAUUGAAGAAGAAACUACAGCAGCAGCAGGAAGGAGAAGGAGAAGAAGAAGAAGGGUCUGUCGGUGUUUCUGGGAGCGUUCUGACAGAAGAGUCUUUAAAAUGGCGUACCACAGUCCGUACAAAGCCCCCCCACAGAUCAGCGCCCCGCCGGACCAGAGCUUCCUGUGGAAUAUCUUCCAGAGGGUGGACAAGGACCGAAGUGGAGUGAUAUCAGACUCAGAGCUUCAGCAGGCCUUAUCGAAUGGCACAUGGACUCCCUUCAACCCUGUGACGGUGCGCUCCAUCAUAUCCAUGUUCGACAGGGAAAAUAAAGGCGGCGUGAACUUCAACGAGUUCGCCGGCGUGUGGAAGUACAUCACAGACUGGCAGAACAUCUUCAGAACCUACGACCGGGACAACUCUGGUUUCAUCGAUAAGAACGAGCUAAGACAGGCGCUGACUGGAUUCGGUGAGCAGCAAAGGUAUCGUCUAUCAGACCAGUUCUACGGCACACUGAUAGAGAAGUUUGAUCGACAGAGGAAGGGUCAGGUUGCGUUCGAUGACUUCAUCCAGUGCUGUAUCGUUCUACAGAGGCUGACCGAUGUGUUCAGGCGGUACGACACAGACCAGGACGGUUGGAUCCAGGUUUCAUAUGAACAAUAUCUAUCCAUGGUCUUCAAUAUAGUAUAACACGCACAAGUCACUAUAGAAGAGCACAACUGGACACAACUGUGCCAAAUCUGCAGGCACCUCCGGGAUGUCUGCCAUGGAGGACACUACAAGAUUUUUUUAACCCCUCUUUGUGGCCCGGGUUGGGCUGUUUCACACAAAUUCAUAAAAGUAAUAAAAGAAAAGGAUCCUCCGGUUUGGAGGCGGUUGAUAGUAUUUGUUAGAGUUAAAACAUCAAUGCUUGCUUAUUAAAACAUCAAUAAAAAAAUCUUGUAGUGUUUUUUGGAUGACCAAACUGAGCUAUGUCUAUGUGGGUUCGGGAUCUGUCUUUUUGUCCGUCGGUCUGUCUGUUAUUGUCAACAAACUUUUUAAUGUCUUAUCUUUAAUUGAUAUAAUUACAAAAGAGCUCCGUGGAGAGUGAAAACGAUGCAUUGUAAAUAAGACUGCAUGCUUUUCAGGGAAAUUGAACCCCACAUUGAAGCAUGCUUUCCCUUUCUCUCGUCUUCUCCUCCUCAGCCCUGUUUUGCUCAAAGCCAUGUUUACAAAGCAGUGAAAGCAGAUCCAGGUUUGCUUUGAGAUUCACUGACAUGCCAGCUUACAUGCCAUAUUUGUACAAACUUAUUUUUAAAAACAGACUCUUCAAAUGUUAGGACAUCAUUUUGGUAGAGGGUAAGCGUAACGCCUUUAGUACGGCUUAUUUUUUGUGCAUGAUGCCUUAAAAAGUGUAAAAACAACACAAGGAAGGACAAAUCUUUUAUUAAAAAAAAUGAAAACACA